GGAGGGAGGAGGAGGAGGUGGACACCACCACCGCCAAAGCGCACAACACGGCCCCGAAACCCUUGAAGCAGGGAUGGAGAGCACAAGAGCGCACAGGGUAACUCGGCUCAGCCCCAGAAACGGCAGCGGAAAGAUCACCAGAUCACCAGAUAUGAGUGACCGACACCGGGGACACCUGCAGCGGACUGUGGUUUUUCUCGUCGCGCUCACGAUGCAACCGCAGGCCGCGUGUGCUGUAGGGAUGUUUGAGCUCCAGAUCCGCCACUUCCAGAACCCACAAGGACUUCUGCUGAACGGAGACUGCUGCGACCUCCAGGCCGGCGGGGGGCAGCGCUGCUCUGCCAGGGACCCGUGUGACACUUUCUUCCAAGCCUGUCUCAAGGAGUACCAGGCCCGGGUUGCCUCGACUGGGGCCUGCACCUUCGGGUCGGGCAGCACAGGGAUCCUGGGCGGAAACUCCCAGUCGCUCCGCCACGAUGGAGGAGGGGGAGGAGGAGGAGAGGAUGGGACUAAUGGGCACAUUGUCAUUCCUUUCAAAUACGCCUGGCCGAAGUCCUUCUCUCUGGUGUUGGAGGCUCUGGAUUAUGACAAUGACACAUCAGAGUCAGGUCAGUUGAUUGAGCGAGUCCUCCUCUCGUCCAUGUUGAACCCCGGUGAACAGUGGCAGACAUACCGUUACCAUGGACGGACUCUCAGCCUGGAGUACCGGCUUCGCUUCCGCUGUGAUUCAAACUACUACGGACCUUUCUGCAACAAGUUCUGUAGGGCCCGUGAUGACUUCUUCGGUCACUUCAACUGUGACCCCAGCGGCUCCAAGGUCUGCAUGGAGGGCUGGACGGGACCAGAGUGCAAAGAAGCGGUGUGCAAGCAGGGGUGUCAUCAGGUCCACGGCUCCUGCAAUGAACCUGGAGAAUGCAAGUGUCAUUAUGGUUGGAAGGGCCCUCUGUGUGACCAGUGUGUGACGUUCCCUGGCUGUGUGUAUGGCAGCUGCACCGAGCCCUGGCAGUGUGUGUGCGAUGUCAACUGGGGAGGACUGCUGUGUGACAAAGAUCUGAACUACUGUGGCACCCACCAGCCCUGUAAGAACGGAGGGACCUGCACCAACACAGAGCCAAACGAGUACCAGUGUGAGUGCCAAGAAGGUUUCAGGGGACGCAACUGUGACAUUGUGGAACAUGCCUGUUUGUCAUCCCCGUGUUUGAACGAAGCCACCUGUGUGGAAGACCCAACGGGCUUCAAUUGCAUCUGUAGUGACAGCUGGACCGGACACACCUGCGCUGAUGCGGUGAGGCAGUGUGAUCGGAGCCCGUGUGGCCGUGGAGCAACGUGUCUGGAGGCUCCUGGAGGUUUCCAGUGCCUCUGCCCGCCUGGAUGGACCGGCAGGACUUGUCAGCUGGACACCAACGAGUGCGAAACGAGUAUAUGUGUCCAUGCUCGCUCUUGUCGCAACCUGAUUGGCGGAUACCUGUGUGACUGUCUUCCUGGAUGGACGGGGCCUAACUGUGACAUCAGGAACAGCAGCUGUCAGGGUUUGUGUUUGAACAGCGGACGUUGCGAGGACAAGGUGUCAGGGUCCAGAUGCUUGUGUCUACCUGGUUUUUCUGGAAAAUAUUGCCAAAAUGGUCCAAGCCCUUGUGACAGCACCCCCUGUCUGCAUGGAGGACAGUGUGUGGAGAAGGACGGAAGCGCCUUCACCUGCAACUGUCCCAUGGGAUUUUCAGGAGUCUUCUGUGAGAUAGUGUUGGAUCUGUGCAAUCCUAACCCAUGCCAGAAGGGGGAACCCUGUCACAGCAGAGAGGGCCAAUACAUGUGUGCCUGCCCCGAGGGCUACUAUGGUAAUGACUGCAUGAGCCUCAAAAAUCCCUGCAUUGGUCAACACUGUCAAGGUGCCAUGUCUGACACGACACACGGGGGACUGAGCUUUUACAUUAUCCUGGUAGGCGUCCUAGCUCUAGUGACUAUCUGUGGCUGUGCGGCCUGCGCCUUCACCCUCUCCCACCUCCAUCGAAAGCGGAAAAAGCAGCAGGCCGUCCCACAGGAAGAAGGCAUCAACAACCAGAGGGAGUUUGUCAACCUCAUCAGAAACGUGGACCGUCCUGUGCCCCUCCUGCCCCCCGCCGCCCCGCUCGCACAUCCUCCAGCUCCCGCCCCUGUCUCACGUUGCUAUGAGGAGAUUGAACUUACCCUGCCGCCAUCCCCAGCACCUUCACACCCCUCUCCGGCACUAAAGCCAGCCCACGCCCCCAAACUGGACAUUUCAAACCGGGAGAGGGAGAAGUUGAACCGCUUCCACUACACAGAGAACCAGGAACUAGAGGUCUGACCGUUGAACUUCUGGGCCUCUGAGGUGCUUUUUAUUUUAUUUUGCGUUUUUCGCACUCUCUCACUCACAGGAACCUGUUUCCAGUUUCUUGCACUGUCACUCUUGCAGUCAUGACAAUGGGGUGAUCCUAUGACCUUUAUGUGCUCAGAUAGCUUACAGCAGACACCUGAGGAGCAAAGGCUACUAAGUAGAAGGGUCAAAAGUCUUACUUUGUUGUCAUCUUUGACUUUAUUUUGAUUACUAUGAGAAGGAGCAAGUGCAUGACAUUUGACUGAGAGACUAAUCAAACUCUUGACUUAAUCUGGAGACUUAGAGACUUGCCUUGGAGUGCCUGAGAUACUGUCAAGAGGAAAUAGAGGACAAUCCUUUGUAGGAGCCUCUCAGUCGGUUUCCUGGUCCAUGAUGCCAACUGAUUUGUGUUCAGACCUCUGUUUCUGUUUCAGACCGAACUCUGACAGAGAGAUCAAUGAAUGGAUUCUUAUUUAACACUCAAUGUGUUUCUGCAUCUGGUUGGAUAUGUGUGUGUGUGUGUGUGUGUGUGUGUGUGAGAGUGAAAUAGAGAAUGUAUAUUAUGAGUGUAUGUGGGGAAAAGAAAGGACAGUUUAAGAAAAGAAAACAAAGUUGAUAUACUUGUCAAAAAGAAUGCACACUCCUGGGCUUUUAAGCCUUAAGAAAACUGUUUGAAAACUAUACACUGUUUCCUGUAUUGUCUCUGUAAUACUACAGUUUGUCAAAGAUGUAUGAUUUUUUUUUUUUUUUUUUUUUUCAUACCUGUGUGUAAAAUAGCUUUUUUUUGUACAUGGAUAUAUUGUACAUAUGGAUGCCCUUUUUGUACUGUGGUUUGGUCUGAAAGUAUCACUGUAUUUCUUUGCUCUGUUUGUCCCAUUUCACUUUCCAUUUGGAGCAACCAGCACAUGUGGAUUGUAAUAAAAGUGCAUUUACAAACUA